GGGACCUGGUACUGUACUCGUGUGAUCAUUAUCACAGUUAUUAUUAUUGCUAGCCUGUGUUGUAUUUACACGAAUGUUCGUAGUUGUAACUGAUAAUACUUCCAAUGUUGCCGAUUAUAUCGCUUGCCUCCGCGUUGAAUUGAGGCGACUCUGACCGCGCUGAUCGCUACUCAUAAUAAAGCACCGAGACCGGGGGCGGGCCAAUGUCGUACGCCCUGUGCCGUUGGCGGGCGCUGGCCACGCGGGCCGGCGCACAGCUGCCCCUUCAAGCUCCUCGCGACAACAGGGGUCUCCUCCUGGUGUCCCCUCCUAGCGGGGGCCUCCUCCUCGCGUCCUCCGCUGCCGGGGGAGGUUCUCUGGCCACGGCCCCCGCCCGGGGCCUGUGCUGCUCGGUGGCGCGGGCCUCCAUCAUGCCGGCGUGGCAGCUGCAGUCGUACGGCGGGCUCGACGCGCUCCGCUACAACGCCAACACUCCCUUCCCCAUCAUCGUCUACCCCAACGAGGUGGUGGUGAGGGUGCACGCGUCGAGCCUCAACCCCAUCGACGCCGCCAUGUCGCGCGGGUACGGCGCGCGCGUGCUGAACACGAUGCGCGACCCCCUGCGCAUGAACCCGCGUGACAGCGAGCUGCCCCUCGUGCUGGGCAGGGACUGCUCCGGGGUCAUCAUGGAGUGCGGAGUUUCUGUCAAGCACUUCCGCCCGGGCGACGAGGUGUGGCUGGCCUUGCCUCCGUGGAAGCAGGGCACGUUCGCCGAGUUCGUCGUGGCCAGCGCAAACGAGGUGGCCCACCGGCCGCUGCGAUUGAGCCACGAGGAGGCGGCCUCCAUCCCGUACGUGGCGCUCACCGCCUGGUCCGCCCUGGUCACCACGGGGGGACUCAACAACAAGACGGCUCGCGGAAAGAGGGUUCUCAUUUUGGGUGGAUCGGGAGGAGUGGGGACGUUCGCUGUCCAGCUGCUGAAGGCGUGGGGUGCCCACGUGACGGCGACGUGCAGCGAGGACGCCCGCCCGCUCCUCGCCGGCCUCGGCGCCGACCACACCCUCGACUACCGCCACCGCGACCUGCCGGAGCGCGCACGGGCCCUCUCGCCAUUCGACCUCGUGCUGGACGGGGUCGGGGGCUCGCUGGAGCAGUGGGCCCUGCGCUGCCUGCGACCGUGGACGAGCGCCAAGUACGUGACGCUGGUGACGCCGCUGCUGCUCAACGCCGACCGCUACGGCCUCGGCGACGGCAUGGUGAAGUCGGGCCUCACCCUGGGCCGCAGGGUGCUCUCCAGCUUCUACAGCGGAGUUCACUACCGCUGGGGGUUCUUCACGCCCAACGGCCCCGCCCUCGACGACAUCGCAGAGCUCGUCAACAACAAGAAGAUCCGACCCGUCGUAGAGAAGGUUUUGCCGUUCCAGGACGUGCUGAAGGGUUUGCACGCGAUGGAGAGGGGCCACGCGCGUGGGAAAACCGUCGUCACCAUCGCCUCGGCCGCACGAUAGCGCCUCUGGCGUGGCGCCGUGAAAUUUCAACGGAGGGAAGGGGCCGGGUGGAGGGGAAGGAGGGCGAGGGAGCGCAGAGCUGGGCUCUAUCGAUUGUUGAAGGGCGUCGGAUACUCGACCGAUUCACGCCCUCGAUCGCUCGGCCAAUCGGUUUGCGAGGAAGACAGCGGGAGAACAAAAUAAGUGUCGCUUCGGUUCCCGCGGGAGUCAUGAUGGGCGGGGCUUGGUGACAUCAUCGUCACCGGCAGCGUCACACUGGGCGUGGCUUGUACAGGGGGUUUCCCGCCUUCGGGAGGCAGGAUGGUGGGGGGUGGCCCCCAUUCGUCGAUUGAUAGACUUAAUCGACUCGCCGCAUGGUGACAUCAUCGGCAUCAUCGUCACCGGCCGCGUCACACUGGGCGUGGCUUGUACAGGGGGUUUCUCACCUUCCCGUGAACUUUUUACGUAGAAUAACGAGAGUGCUUAUUCUUAGUUUUUUCGGUAAAAUAAAUUUCUCACGACGUUUCGACCAUAACUCAAACGGUCAUC